CGAGAGGAGUGAGUUGAAGAUUUCUUUUUUUUUUGACAGAGUGACGGAAACCACCGGACAUCGGGGUUGGUGGAGGAGGAGGAGGCCAGCACCUUGUAGGAUUGUGUGAUCGCUCCCGAGGAGCUGGGAGUAACCACGCAUCUGGUACGUCAUCGCAACCUUGGUUUUGGAAGGUAGUGAAUCAUGGCAACACAAGCUGACUUGAUGGAGUUGGACAUGGCUAUGGAACCUGACCGAAAGGCAGCAGUGAGCCAUUGGCAACAGCAGUCCUAUCUGGAUUCUGGCAUUCAUUCUGGAGCUACAACCACAGCACCGUCUUUAAGUGGCAAAGGGAACCCAGAGGAUGAUGAUGUGGAUACCAAUCAAGUUCUUUAUGAAUGGGAACAGGGUUUCUCUCAGUCCUUUACCCCAGAUCAAGUAGCAGAUAUUGACGGCCAGUUUGCAAUGACCAGAGCCCAAAGAGUUCGGGCUGCCAUGUUCCCUGAGACGUUGGAUGAAGGUAUGCAGAUUCCAUCAACACAGUUUGACUCUGCUCAUCCUACAAAUGUUCAGCGCCUGGCCGAGCCUUCUCAGAUGCUUAAACAUGCAGUGGUCAAUUUAAUAAACUAUCAAGAUGAUGCUGAAUUGGCGACUCGUGCCAUACCUGAACUAACAAAGCUACUGAAUGAUGAAGACCAGGUGGUGGUUAACAAGGCUGCUGUUAUGGUUCAUCAGUUAUCUAAGAAAGAAGCUUCUCGCCAUGCCAUUAUGCGAUCUCCACAGAUGGUAUCUGCAAUUGUUAGGACAAUGCAGAAUACAAAUGAUGUUGAAACUGCACGUUGCGCUGCUGGAACUCUUCACAACUUAUCUCACCAUCGUGAGGGCUUGUUGGCUAUCUUCAAAUCUGGAGGCAUUCCUGCUCUGGUUAAAAUGCUUGGGUCACCAGUGGACUCUGUGCUUUUCUAUGCUAUCACAACAUUGCAUAAUCUUCUUCUGCAUCAAGAAGGUGCCAAAAUGGCAGUCCGUUUGGCUGGUGGACUGCAAAAAAUGGUUGCUUUGCUGAACAAGACAAAUGUCAAAUUUCUUGCAAUCACUACAGACUGUCUCCAGAUAUUGGCCUAUGGGAAUCAAGAAAGCAAGCUCAUUAUUCUUGCAAGUGGAGGGCCUCAAGCACUGGUGAACAUAAUGAGAACUUAUAGUUAUGAAAAGCUCUUGUGGACCACAAGUCGUGUGCUAAAGGUUUUAUCAGUAUGCUCUAGUAACAAGCCUGCAAUUGUGGAAGCUGGUGGCAUGCAAGCUCUCGGUUUGCACCUUACUGACCCAAGCCAGCGUCUCGUUCAGAACUGUCUUUGGACUUUAAGAAAUCUUUCAGAUGCAGCAACUAAGCAGGAGGGCAUGGAAGGCCUUCUAGGAACUCUUGUGCAACUUCUUGGCUCAGAUGACAUUAAUGUUGUAACUUGUGCAGCUGGUAUUCUGUCCAACCUGACAUGCAACAACUACAAAAAUAAAAUGAUGGUUUGUCAAGUGGGUGGCAUAGAAGCUCUAGUGCGGACUGUACUGCGUGCAGGAGAUAGAGAGGACAUCACUGAACCUGCAAUUUGUGCUCUUAGACACCUCACCAGUAGGCAUCAGGAAGCAGAGAUGGCUCAAAAUGCUGUGCGUCUCCACUAUGGACUUCCAGUAGUAGUGAAACUUUUUACCCCUCCUUCUCACUGGCCCCUGAUUAAGGCUACAGUUGGCUUGAUCCGCAACCUUGCUCUUUGUCCUGCCAAUCAUGCUCCCCUGCGUGAACAAGGUGCCAUUCCAAGGCUUGUUCAGUUGCUUGUAAGAGCACAUCAGGAUACCCAGCGACGCACAUCAAUGGGUGGAACACAGCAGCAGUUUGUGGAGGGAGUCCGAAUGGAAGAGAUUGUUGAAGGCUGCACAGGUGCUCUUCACAUACUGGCUCGUGAUGUCCACAACAGAAUUGUUAUUAGAGGUCUGAAUACCAUUCCAUUAUUUGUACAGUUAUUGUACUCACCAAUUGAAAACAUCCAAAGAGUAGCAGCUGGGGUGCUUUGUGAGCUUGCCCAAGACAAAGAGGCUGCUGAAGCCAUUGAGGCUGAAGGAGCAACUGCACCCUCACUGAACUGCUUUCACUCUAGAAACGAGGGAGUUGCAACUUAUGCAGCAGCUGUUCUAUUCCGUAUGUCAGAGGACAAACCACAGGACUAUAAGAAGCGCCUGUCAGUUGAGCUUACUAGCUCACUUUUCAGAACCGAACCAAUGCCAUGGAAUGAAACUGGAGAUCUUGGUCUUGACAUUGGAGCCCAAGGUGAACCACUUGGCUAUAGAACAGAUGAUCCCAGCUACCGUUCUUUCCAUCCUGGAGGUUAUGGUCAGGAUGCAAUGGGAAUGGACCCAAUGAUGGAUCAUGAUAUGGGAGGUCACCACCCAGGUUCAGACUACCCUGUUGAUGGACUACCUGAUCUAGGCCAUGCUCAGGAUCUUAUGGAUGGACUGCCUCCAGGUGACAGCAAUCAGUUGGCCUGGUUUGACACUGACCUGUAAAUACUUUAUACUUGUGAUCGUCUGAAUGAAUCUGCAUUGUGAUUGGCCUGUAGAGUUGCUGAGGGCUCGAAGGGGUGGGCUGGUAAUCUCAGAAAGUGCCUGACACACUUACAAAGCUUAGUUUCCUGUGGGAACAAUGGAAACUAACUUAUGUUCUGGUCCUUUUUUUUGAUCGGAGGAACAAUACCAAUGGAUUUUGGAAGUGACUCGUACAUCAAGAAUGCACAGGAAUAGUUUGCAAGCUGGAACCUAUCAAAACACUAGCCUUGUUUAAGUUUUUUAUUUUAUUUUUUUUAAUUUGUAAUGGUACUGACCUAGCUUGCUUUCUUCUAGUAUUUUAGAUUUAUUUUCUGCAGUUAAGUCUCUAGUGUUCAGUUAAUAGUGCUUAUUGCUAAAGCAGUUUCUAAUUUUUAAGGAUAAAGUAACAGUGUAGAACACUAAUUCAUACUCACUAAUUGUAUCCUGACAAAGUGGAACAUUGUGUAGCCUUUUUUUGUAUAAAACAAAUAGAAAUGGUCCAAAUAGUUUUCUUUUUAAUAUGCUUAAUAAGCAGGUGGAUCGAUUUUUGAUCAAAGCUUUUAUCUGGGAUAUGUCUGGGUAGGGGCCAGUAAGAAUCAAUUUGGAACUUGUAAUGGACACUUUACCAGUUGCCUUUUUAUCCCAAAGUUAUUGUAAUCUGAUGCCACAGAUGAAUGAGAAUCCAAUUCUAAAAUGGCUCAGAAGGAUUAAAGUGGACUUUUAAUGCAUUCUGCCGUGUCAAGUUAUUUUAAACCAGUCCAUGUGGAAUGGGUCUCUGUGGUCUUAUGGAAAGAACUUAAAUGUUUGUAAAUGUAAUAAACAAAGUAAACUUAUUUUUAAAUUCA